ACUUGAGUUGAUGAUUUUUGCUACUGUUCUGUUGAUAUAUGAUUUCCAUAUCUUAGCUCUUUGGAUACAAAGGAGACUGAUCCAACUGCAUAUGAAGGACCCUUAGAUUUCUCAAAAUCACGAGAUGGGAUUCUUGGCUUGGUUUUUGGGUUUUUCAGAUGUGAACUGCUGAUGGUUAAGGGGACCCAUACUCUACCAACAUGUGAAGCAAAUCCCACCUUUUUGUACUAAAAUGGAUUAAUAUGUGCAGAUUGGGUUUAUUCUACAUGAGAAAAGGACCAAUUGCAGUUUGUUCUUUGACAUUUGCUUUUUAUUCAAUUCUUUUAUUCAUUUUCUUUUUUCUAAUUUUGGCUGGGUUAGCUUUUUAUUACCCUUUUUGCAGCAGUUUACACAACUAUAACAAGAACUUUUGGCUCUAGAAGAACACACUGCAUGUCUAUAACAGGAAGAGCAAGAUAGGGGAGUAUUGUCUUUCUUCUCUUACUUAUUUAUUUAUUUAUUUUUACAUUGAGGACAAUGUUAAUUCUAAGUUUGGGGGAGGAUUUUUUUGUGUUCUUGCUUUUGUUGUGGUUUGAAGUGAUAGAAUAUUGGAUGCAUGUGUGCGAGUUUAAGUUUCCAGCAUGGUAUGAAUAUAGUCAGAUGAGCCUAUACAUAUUUUUGGUUGCAUAGAUGCUGCAAGUGAGGGAUAUUGUUCUUCUUUGAUGAUUAGGUCAAAAUUUAGUAAUACCUUGAUGAGAGGAGUUGAGGGCUUUGAUUUUAUAAUUGUUUUGGUUGGAAAUUAUAUGCAUCUUGUGAGUAGGUGCCAUUGUUUCUGUGAUGACUAUCUUGUCUAAUUAUCCCUGGAAACUGCUUUGAAAAAAAAAAAAGUCAAAUGUUUCGUGGCCUUUGUUACUUGAGUAAGUAUGCUCUUAGGGGUGUCUCUUCACCUAGUGCCCUAAAGCCAACUGGUUUGGGAGUCAUUGGCAAAAAGCUCGUUACAUGGGUAACUUAGAAAGCCUAAGGAAACUUGACAAGAAAAGAAAAAAAAAGAAAAAAAAAAAAAGAUAAGCCAGCACACAAAAAAUUUGAUAAUUUCUACUCCAAUGUUUCUAAGUGCUUAGUAACUGGGGGUUAGGUAUGCGACCCAUAUUAGCUUUCACGUCAAACGGUAACUUGAAAUAUGAGUAUGCAAAGCACUUUGAAUUUGUGACUUAUUGAGUAACCGGGUGCUUUCAUCACAAAUGUUAGUAUUCGCGUCAAAAGAUAAGUGAUAGCUCAAGGAAGAUUGUGAUGUAUGGCUAGAAAAAAAGAAGAAAAGAGAAAAAGAACAAAAAAAAACAGAAGGGAUAAUUACAUGGUAUAUUGUUACAUGUUUCAGUGGUGCUUAUUGCAAGUUUGCAUGGGUUUAUUUAAAGAUGAGCAUGGAUAUGAAAGUGGUAGUCAUUGACUCCCUUGCUUGGUAUUACUGGAAUUUGAACUAAAAAUCAAGUUGAAUGUUGAUGCUCCUUGUGUUAUCUGUGGGGAAGAAUGUAUGUGAGCUUUGGUUUUUUUAGCUUUCUUUUGCUUGAGGACAAGCAAGAAUUUAAGUUUGGGGGUAUUUGAUUAGUUUAAUUUUUAUAUGGAUUUAUCUACCCUUUUUUAGCUUAGA